AAGGUGUCUCAGGCUUUGGGAGCGGGAGGGGGUGUAGGGAAGAGAUACAGGGGGAUUCCUGAGUGCUGGCUCUGAAACCUGAGGCAGCUUGUGCUUUGGCUUCCUGUCAGCCCCAGCUGUGCAUGGUAGGGUUUGUCCCUCACCUCACCUCGAAUCCACGAGAGCCUAGGAGAAGGCAUUUCGCUUUUCCUGCGUCUGGGAGCCCCUGAGACUUUGACCUUUGACCUUUGACAUGUGUGCAGCUUCUGCUACUCCAGGACCUUCCCCUUCCCCCUAGGGAGCAGCUCUCUACUAAAAAAAAGCAUGACAGAGGUCCACUUCUCUGCAUGUUGAGGAACACUGCCUAUGAGUUGUCUCCCUUCGCUGACAGGGAGAAUAGAGAGGAGAAUAGAGAGCAUGGGCUCUCCAGCCUGGAUAUGGAGGACUUGAAUAAAAGAGACCAACCAUUCAAGACAAUUCAGAAAAACGAUAGCUCAGAUAAUCUGGUGUUCCGUAUGAAAAAUGGAAUGAGAAGCACCAAGUAUAAACCAGUAGACUAUCAACAGUUGCAGGCAUUAACGGAAGCAAAAAAAUUAGCUUCUGCCUCUAUAGAGCUAAAGAUCAGGAAAGCAGAGCAGACUUCAAAGAUAUCUAAGGAACAAACACUAAUAAAACAACACAAGCAAGUGUGGUGGCAGGAACACCAACGGCUAACUGAUGUCAGGUGUAAAAUGGAAUCUGAAAUUAAAUCCUUUCUCAGUGAAGAGAACAUUGGAAAUGAAUGUCUUUCUGACCUUACAAAUUUUGAACAAGAGUUAUCAGAACAAUGGUACACAUAUCUUAAAAAUGUGAUAAAUCCUAUUCAGCAGUUGAGAGCAGAUCUAAAAUACAGACAGCAUCACAUUUCACAGCAUUCAUACUCACAUAUUGUGCUUAACUCAGUGAAAGUACUGGAAGAGGUUGACUUCGUGAAGAAACAAUUGACUGCUGUCUUUGAAAGACUUAGUCUGGAGCAACAGAAAAUAGAAAAUUAUCUUUCAGACUGGAGUAUGAAGAUACUAGAUUAUUCUUCAGAAGAAAGAAGUAACCUGCUUAGUGAACUGCCCAUGGAAUUAGAAACUUUGGAAUGCCCAUAUCCUGAUUUGAAAUCUUCGAUCCUUCAUGAGUUCUGUAACUUUACAGAGAAAUAUAAAAAAAAACUUCAAGACUUUGAUCUGCAGUUAGAAGACAUAUCCAGGUGAUAAGAUAAAACUACUUGAAUUAUGUAGGUUUUUGCCACUACAUUUUAAUAUUUAUUAUUUUAAUUUCAUUUAUUGUUUUCAUAGUUACUAUGUGGUUGGAACAUAGUCAAUCAAUAAAUGUUUAGAUUGAC